CGUCACGACCCUCAAUCUCAGUCAGAUGUAGUGGGGAGGGGGGGGGCAGACCACGCAGUAUACACUAACAGGAACAGGGUUAAAUUGACCCUGGCUUACCACCUGGUGUGGAGGCCUGUAACCUAGUGAGGAGGCCUUGCUGGGUGGGAGGAAACAUGAUGAGUGGGAAGAGCCUGCUGCUGAAGGUGAUCCUGCUGGGGGACGGUGGAGUGGGCAAGUCCUCCCUAAUGAACCGCUAUGUCACAGACCGCUUUGACUCCCAAUCCUUUCACACCAUCGGUGUGGAGUUCCUCAACCGGGACCUGGAGGUAGACGGGCGUCUGGUUACUCUUCAGAUCUGGGACACGGCAGGCCAGGAGCGCUUUAAGUCCCUGCGCACGCCCUUCUACCGAGGCGCCGACUGCUGCCUGCUCACAUUUGCCGUGAACGACCUGCAGAGCUUCCAGAACCUCGGCUGCUGGAAGAAGGAGUUCAUGUACUACUCGGACGUUAAAGACCCUGAGCGGUUCCCUUUUGUGGUUCUAGGCAACAAGGUAGACAUGGAGCAGAGGGAGGUAGGGGAGGAGGAAGCACGGGCCUGGUGCGAGGAGAAUGGCUGUUGCCCUUACUUUGAGACCAGUGCUAAGGAUGACACAAAUGUCACAGCUGCAUUCGAGGCAGCUGUCAGGGAGGUUCUAGCCACUGAGGACCAGAUUGACCAUGCACUACUGAGUAGUACUAUCGAUCUCCAUGGCAACCGCAAAGCCUCUCGCGCAUCUUGCUGCUGAUUGGUCGGGUGCAAAUCCACCUUGUCUUAAUCUCUCUGGCCGAAACUUGCCCAUGGCAGUUUUGAGAGCCAUCAGAUAUUGUUUAUGGUUCACAUACUGUAGGUAGAAGUUACUGAGUACAGUAUACGCUCAAGAUAAUGUGGAUAAGAUACAACUGCUCAGGAUGAGGGCCGUGUCAAGGAUUCAGCUGGAAUCCUAAUUGUUGAAUUAUUGCUCAAGGUACAGGCACACUGUAACAGGCACACUCAUGCUUUGUACUCUGCUUCCAGUAGUGUUGCACAAAAACAUUUUUACCCAGCUUCCGCGUUGUCUGCCUAUACAGGACUUGUAUCAAAUAGUGCUUUCAGAGCAUUGAUUUUAAUUGAAAUAAGUAAAAUUUUAGUUAAUACAAUGGACGAGAGAAUAUAGCAAUCCUCUCUUGAAGAGCACAGUCUACCUUUGGCACGGCAACAUAAAGUACAGUUGGUCUGGUAAUUGCUCAAUCUGAGCAUGAGCUGAUUUUCCCAGCUUUUAGAGAGACUUUGAAUACACCUUGACAUUUCCUUGUUAUCAGAUCUUUUAGCAGAAGUGGAGAGCUAAUGUAUUUUCUGGACACAGAGAGUAUAAGUGACAGUGUUCCAAAACCAGACAGAUAUUGUACUUGGGAACUCCCAACAUCGGUUAUGAUGACCAAUACGGUACGAGGAAGUUAAACGAUUGCCGCACUCAAAAGGAAGAUGACCUUGUUUGUCCUCAGUGAGAAGGGAAUUGUGAGAUUUAAAUUUGAAGCUCAAACUGUAAGCAUUGGGUACGAGCUGUUGUGGUGCUCUUAUUCAUUAAACUAUUAUAACAGCACUAUUGUGUAGCCGGAGGUGUCAGGUGUACGAGUUAGACAUAUUCACGUACACGGGUCUGUUUACUAAGGUUCAGUGUUUCUUUCAGAGUAAAAAAAUAACGCUGCUUUUGCUACUGUUGUUGAUAAACUGCUGUUCAUUUUUCUGUGAAACACAUUUUCCUCCACCGACGCGUUCUUUUUUUACAGGCAUGUGUGAUAUUUUAUAUUAGGCUUCAGUGUUUGAUCAAGGGCUGAUUAAAGUAGGUUUUCCUGAUGUAUAGAGGAGGUUAUAAUUAUUAAGAUCAACAAUAAUUUUCAUAAUUAUGGCAUGUUUGUAAUAGUGUGUCUGCCUUUUUGAUUGCGUGGCAGGCCUUAACAUUCCAGUCAUUUAUUCUGACAGUCUCCCACGCUUUACUGAUACAUUACAUACAUAUUGUGCUGUUAGUCUGGUCAUUCAUUCAAUAUAAAAUAGCCUGAGCAGAAAGAUAAGGCUUUUAAGACCAGUAAUGUGUGCAAUGUGCAUCACCCCGUUCAUACAGUAUUGAGUGAAGCAUAUAAUUUAGUAUUCUCACAACUUAAUGUUUACUUGUUUUCAGCUGGAUGGUACUUUACUUUCAUUUCAUUGUUUUUAAAUACAGGUUUACUUCCAUUUGAAUUUGUCCCUUUGGUGUUGCUGCUAUCGGCCAGAGGGCAUUGUUGUUUGCCUGCACGGUUUGAGUAAAUAAUAUGCCUGACAUUCAAUGCUUCAAACUGAGUUUAACAUGGUCUAAAUUCAUUCUCAUCAGUAUUGUGAUUGCUGCUGGAAUAUUAUUUUAUAUUGCGUCUAGUCAAACAACCCUACCUGUUGCAAAAAUAAGAUAAAAUGUUUUAAUCUCCUGGAUGCACAGAGUCCCCCAUUGCGGUCCGUGUUCUCAUACCGUUUUUCUGUUAUGUUGAAGGUCUUGUGUAUUCUCUCUGCCUGAGAUCACAUUAUUUGCCUUUCAAGUUCAAAAAUUGCAUCAUAUUUUAGUGUGCGUGCAGACUAAUGGUGAACUGUGAAAGUGAACCGGAUCCAAUCAGGUACAUUUACUUAUUACAUGGUUCUUUGGUUUAAUGUAGGCUUAUAACAAAUAGCUUGUUUGUUUGAUUAUUGACAUUUUUAUAAGAUGUGUUGAGUACUGGUACUCACAGCUUAGGAGAGAAACUUUAUUAACUGUGAACUGAGUAGGGCAUUUUAACAAAAUCAUGCCUGUAGCCUACAUUAAUUCAAAGUCAAAAUUGAGGGCUGUUAGCUAAUCAUUUGUCAGUGUUAAUAUUUUAUGGAUUAAAUUUAUAGGAUAUUUUGUCACCUUACUGUACCAUUUCAGUUUUUAUCUAUCUUUAAUGUAGCCUACCACAGUGUUUACCUGGAAUCUAACUUACCUGAGAACCAGUGGGUACUUAGAAGCUGGUAGCAUAACCUUACAGUAUGUUGCUUGCCAGUCUAAUAUCAGUAUUUUUCUUUAUGUUGCUGUAAUAUUUAUGAAUGUAAAAACACAUUUCUUUGGGCUGUCCAUAUUAAUGGCUUAUGUAAAUUGGAAAGGGCAUUCAUUUUAUAAUAAUGUACGAAAUGACACUGAACGUCUGUUUCACCCUCAGCGCUCAACCCACGAGUGUGAUUUAAGCUGCGUGAAAGUCAGACUGUUCAUCCUGAUUAUGUGUUGAUCUAAUGGAGAACUUCCCUUUUUUCCUCUUUAUUGCACUACGGAGGAUAAGACUGGGUGUGCCAACAUGCUGGCAAAGUGGUGUAUACUCUCCAGUGCUUGGCUACAAAUAAAACAUGCAACAUAUCA